AUGCGGUUCUCCGAAAAACAUCCUAUAAUCUUAGCUGCACAUCCUCUUGUGAACCUCCUCGUGCAGCACGUGCAUUUAAGAUCUCUUCACGCGGGGCCUCAAUUAACUCUAGCUACUCUUCGUCGAGAGUACUGGAUAUUGCGCGCUCGAAAUAUCGUCAAAGGUGUCGUUUUCCGCUGCGUAGUAUGCACGCGUGAAAAGGCAGCUACCCCCACUCAAUUGAUGGGAAACUUGCCUUCGGUGCGCGUUUCUCCUCCUGCGCGCGCGUUUAUUCAUUGUGGUCUCGAUUAUGCUGGUCCCGUCUUAAUCAAAUCAAUGUCGGGACGCGGUGUCGCUUCCCGCAAAGCCUACAUCUCCAUCUUUGUCUGUAUGGCCACGCGAGCCAUACAUUUAGAAUUAGUCGAGAGUUACUCCACUCCAGCCUUCUUAGGCGCCUUUUCAAGAUUCUGCUCCCGACGUGGCCUGCCUGAGUCAGUCUACUCUGAUAAUGGAACCACGUUUGUAGGCGCCGAUCGCGAAUUGGCUGCAUCAUUUCGAGCCGCGCUGCGCGAUCCAAACUUUCAAAAUAGUGCCGCUUCCGACGGGGUGUCAUGGCACUUUAUGCCUCCAUCCGCGCCUCACUUCGGCGGACUAUGGGAGGCCGGGGUUCGCAGUGUCAAGUAUCACCUUCGCAGAAUCGUCGGUUCGCACACUCUUACGUUCGAAGAGUUCACAACGAUUCUCUGCAACAUUGAGGCCUGCCUUAACUCGCGCCCUAUUGCGCCUCUCACCGAUUCCGUCGACGAUUGCGAUUCUCUGACGCCCGGUCAUUUCUUGAUCGGGUCCGCGAUUACGAUCGCGCCUGAACCCUCUGUACUGCAUCUAGCUGAGAACCGCUUGACGCGCUGGCAACUUGUUCGCCAGCUCACAGAACGCUUCUAG